AUGGCGAAGGAGUUCUUUCACAUUGCAAUGUAUCCAUGGUUGGCCCUUGGUCACAUUACUCCCUUCGUUCACAUGGCUAACAAGCUAGCAGAACGAGGCCACAGAGUUUCCUUCUUCUUGCCCGCCGGAACAUUGAGCAAGGUCGAGCCUUUCAAUCUCCACCCAGAUCUCAUAGCCUUUGUUCCGGUCAUCAUCCCGCACGUCCAGGGUUUGCCUCUCGGCGCCGAAACAACGAACGAUGUUCCUUUCCCUUUGCAUCCACUCCUUAUCACGGCCAUGGAUCUCACAGAACCGGAUAUCGAAGCUUCUUUACGUGAUCUCAAACCCCAUUUCGUUUUCUUCGAUUUCGCUUGCUGGUUGCCGGCAUUGACUCGCAGGCUAGGGAUCAAGUCCCUGGUUUAUUGCAUCAUUAGCUCCGCCACAAUUGGCUACCUUCUUACCCCUGCAAGAAAGAUUGUCGAGAGAGGCUUAACCGGAUCCGAUCUCCUCGAGCCACCCGAAGGUUUCCCUCCUUCACGUAUCAAACUAUACGCUCAUGAAGCUCGAGCUUUAGCUGUUGUCACGACGAUGGCUUACGGGAGUGGUUUUACAUUCGUCGGGCGUCAGCAGAGAUCCUUAAGUGAAUGUGAUGUUCUCGGUUUCAAGACAUGCAAGGAGAUCGAAGGGCCUUAUUGUGAAUACCUCGGAAACCAAUUCGGAAAGCAUGUGCUUUACGCCGGUCCGGUCGUGCCGGAACCGCCGAAGAUGGCGUUGGAAGAACGAUGGGAAAUGCUGCUAAACAAGUUCGAAGCCAAGACCGUGAUAUUUUGUGCCUUCGGGAGUGAAUGUGUUCUAAAAAUGGACCAGUUCCAAGAACUGGUUUUAGGCCUGGAGCUAUCAGGUUUACCAUUUCUGGUUGCCCUGAAACCACCGAUGGGGGCCGAAACCAUCGAGUCAGCCUUGCCGGAAGGAUUCAAAGAAAGGGUAAAAGGAAGAGGGUUCGUCCAUGGAGGCUGGGUGCCACAACAGCUGAUCUUAAACCACCCUUCCGUGGGGUGUUUCGUGACCCACUGUGGAUCUGGCUCUUUAGCAGAGGCUAUGGUGAAAGACUGUCAACUGGUGCUGCUACCCCAUGUCGGGGAUCAGAUAAUCAACGCGAGAUUGAUGGCCGGAGACUUGAGAAUCGGAGUAGAGGUGGAGAAAGGUGAAGAAGAUGGACUGUUUACAAAAGACAGUGUUUGCAAGGCAGUGAAAGCUGUAAUGGACAAUGAGAGUGAGUUGGCGAAAGAGACCAGGGCUAACCAUGCUAAAUGGAAAGAGUUCCUUUUAGCACCGGGGCUUGAAAGGUCUUACAUGAAUGAUUUUGUCAUGCAAUUGCACACCUUGGUGUAAGCUUCCUUUUA